GUGCACAAUUUGACGCAAAUUGAAGCGGACGCGGAAGUUUAGCCGCAGAAACACGCCAUAAACACGGCAAAAGUGCACAGACUUCACUGGGCACGAACAGAGCAAGACCCAACUUCUCACCGAGCCGGACCAGAGCGCUGGUGGACUCUUAUUUUGACAGAGCCAAAAUGGCCGACACCGUUUAUGCCCCGACCACGGCUCCUAAUCCCAAAGACAAGUGCUUCCUGGUCCCAACUGACAUUCUGGACUUGAAAAGGUUCUGCGUCAAACUACUUGAAGUGCUCUUCUCUGUGGUCGCGUUCCUUCAAGAGGAGUUCGUAUCUUCGUGCGUGGCGUGUAACGCAUUGUACUUCUUUGAGUUUGUGAGCUGUACCGCGUUCCUCUUCACAGUGCUCCUCCUUGGGCUCCUCUCCACUCCAGUGCACCGGAGGGUCGGCAUGAACUGCUGGAGCAUGCUGGACUUCAUGUACACUGUGAUCAUCUUUGUCUUCUUUUUCCUCGCCUCGAUCAUCUUCAGCGCUAGUAACAGCGGCUCCGCCCUCGAGAGGAGCGCCGUGGCCUUUGGAUUCCUGGCAUCUCUGUCCUUUCUUUUGGACCUGGUCUUGUUCUACCGGACUCACGGACUUCCAUUCAAAUACGCCCAGAACCAGGAAAACCCGGCCACUGGAUCCAACAAUCCCGCCGAGGCAGAGAAACUCAAUGAGAACGGAGCGUAGACCAGGUCAGAACUGGGUCUGGACUCUGGUCUAUACCUGAUCUGGACUCAGCUGUGGGCUUGGGUCUGUAAGAUUGUUUUAAAAAAUUCUUUAUCAAUGGAUUUAUCUGGUCCAGAUUUCAGUGCCAGGACCAGACCUGUACCGAACCUGUACCGAACCUGUACCGAACCUGUACCAAACCAGGACUAAACCAGGACUAAACCAGGACUAAACCAGGACUAAUCCAGGACUAAUCCAGUACUAAACCAAGACUUUUAUAUUAGUGCCUCUUCUUUUUAUUUUUGCUGUAUCAGGUUCAACUUUUCUGUUUUAUGCCCAAAAAUGAAGGACUGCAGUUCAGUCAUUUUAAUGUUCAUUAUCAAAUGUCAUGUUUUAUACCAGAUUUGAACCAGUGACUGUGUUAUUCUGUGGCGAUAAAUUUGUGCCUUAAAGUUUGUACUAAAAAAUCUAUUUUAUGGCAGAUGAUUUGAAAUGAUGGCUGUUCUGUUAUUGGACAAUCAUGUUUUGUAUUAAAAUACUUUUCUCGUUUUCUGAUCAG